GAUGAGAAAGCAAUUCACCGUAGCAGAAGAAGAAGGAGGAGGAGGAGGGGAGAGAGAGAGACAGAGAGAACAACAGGAACGGGAAGUACGAAUUUGGAAUCUGAGAAUUGUUUCCCCCACUCUCAAAAGCCACAAAAAGAAAGAAGGAAAAACCCUCUCUCUCUCUCUCACACACACUUUAUUCAAUAAUUCCCUCUUUUGUCUUUACACCCCUCCCUCAUCAGUUUCACUCAUCACUAACCACCUUUCUCUUCUUCUUUCUAACUUUCCAUAAUAACAUGACUACUUUCUCAGUGUCAUUUCAUCAAACACCUCCUCUGCACUCUCUCUCAACCUCAUGAACCUCACUCAUCGCCGCCAUGUCCACCGCCUUCUCUCUCUUCCUCUCCCUCUUCCUCCUCGCUGUCCGCCAUAUCCUCGCCGAAACCGACCCCAACGACGUUAGCAUCCUCCACCAGUUCCGAAAAGGACUUGACGACCCUAAGCUCCUUCCAUGGCCCGAAGAUGGCGGCGACCCAUGCGGCACUCCUCGCUGGGACUACAUCUUCUGCGACGGAAACAGAGUUGCUCAGAUUCAAGCCAAGAAUCUCAACCUCUCUGGUCCCUUGCCUACCACCUUCAACCAACUCACCGCACUCACCAACGUUGGCCUCCAGAAUAACCGUCUCAACGGUCCUUUACCGUCUUUCAAGGGUUUGAAGGACCUCAAGUACUUGUUCUUGGACUACAACAACUUCGAUUCUCUACCAUCAGAUUGCUUCGACGGUCUCGAUAGCUUGGAGGUUCUUGCGUUGGAUCACAACAACCUAAAUGCUACUAAUGGUGGCUGGAGUCUCCCGCCGAGUCUUCAGGGUUCGACUCAGUUGACCAAUCUCUCUUGUAUGAGUUGCAAUUUGGUGGGUUCCUUGCCGGAUUUUCUGGGGAAGAUGAACUCUCUCUCGUUCCUGAAACUUUCCGACAACAAUUUGACCGGAGAGUUGCCGGCGACACUAAACGGCACCGUAUUGCAGGUUCUGUGGCUGAACAACCAGCAGGGUGAGGGGCUUACUGGGACAAUUGAUGUGGUUUCCACUAUGGUUUCACUGACAAGUUUGUGGCUUCAUGGAAACAAGUUCAGUGGGUCGAUUCCGGAGAACAUUGGAGACUUGGAUUCGUUGAAGGAUCUUAAUCUCAACGGAAACCAGCUAGUUGGGCUUGUACCUGAUGCAUUAGGUAACAUGAAAUUGGACACUCUUGAUUUGAACAAUAACCAUUUGAUGGGUCCUAUCCCUGAUUUCAAAGCUGUUAAUGCUACUUUUGAUAACAAUGAUUUUUGUCAAGACAAGCCUGGGAUUCCAUGCUCCUUUGAGGUCAUGGCACUCUUGCAAUUUCUUGGUGGGUUGAAUUACCCUUCUAAUCUGGUGGAUUCUUGGACUCGUAAUGACCCUUGUUCAGGUCCAUGGUUGGGAAUCAAGUGUGAUACUAAUGGCAAGGUUUCUAUGAUUAAUUUGCCAAAUUUUAAGCUUAAUGGGACGUUGAGUCCUUCUGUUGCAAACUUGGGUUCUCUUGCUGAAAUUAGGUUGGGUGGUAACCAUAUUGGUGGUGUGGUACCUAGUAAUUGGACUAACUUGUCGUCUCUUUCGUUGUUGGAUCUGAGUGACAAUAACAUAUCCGGUCCAAUGCCCAAGUUUCGCCCUGGAGUGAAACUUGUGACGGUUGGGAAUCCUCUGUUGGAUCCACACUCCCAAGCUCCUUCAUCUGGGAACAAUAAUCCGUCGACCGGAUCUGGGAAUGAUGAGCCUUCAACGGGGUCUACACCCGCACACUCCAAUAACAAUCCAAGUAGUUCUAAUGAAGCAAAGAAAUCCAAAGGCAAAGCGUUGGUUACUAUUGUUGCUCCCAUUGCGGGUGUGGCGGCUGCAGCUUUUCUGCUCAUUCCAAUUUAUGUGUAUUGUUUCAGGAGAAGAAGGAAGGAUGCUUUAUUGGCUCCUAGUUCACUGGUGAUUCACCCAAGAGAUCCAUCUGAUUCGGAUCGUAUUGUAAAGAUUGCUGUUGCUAAUAAUACCAAUGGAAGUAUCUCAACUCUAACAGGGAGUGGGUCUGGGAGUCGAAACAGCAGCGGCAUUGGGGAUUCUCAUGUCAUUGAAGCUGGCAAUCUUGUGAUCUCUGUUCAGGUUCUACGAAAUGUGACCAAGAAUUUUGCCUCUGAGAACGAGCUUGGUCGUGGUGGGUUUGGUGUUGUUUAUAAGGGAGAAUUGGAUGAUGGCACAAAAAUUGCAGUGAAGCGAAUGGAAGCUGGUGUGAUUAGUAGCAAAGCGUUAGAUGAAUUCCAGGCUGAAAUUGCAGUUCUAUCAAAAGUUAGACACCGGCAUCUAGUGUCUCUUUUGGGUUAUUCCAUUGAAGGGAAUGAGAGAAUUCUAGUUUAUGAGUAUAUGCCUCAAGGUGCACUAAGUAAGCAUCUUUUCCAUUGGAAGAGUUUUGGAAUGGAGCCACUCUCUUGGAAGAGGAGGCUCAAUAUUGCCCUGGAUGUUGCUAGAGGACUGGAGUACCUUCAUUCUAUGGCCCACCAAAGCUUCAUUCACAGAGAUCUUAAGUCAUCGAAUAUUUUGCUUGCUGAUGAUUUCAGAGCAAAAAUAUCAGAUUUUGGAUUGGUAAAACUUGCUCCUGAAGGUGAAAAGUCUGUAGUGACCCGGCUUGCAGGGACUUUCGGAUACUUGGCGCCAGAAUAUGCAGUGACGGGAAAAAUCACUACCAAAGCAGAUGUUUUCAGCUUUGGGGUUGUGCUAAUGGAGCUGUUGACGGGAUUGAUGGCACUUGAUGAGGGUAGAUCUGAGGAAAGCCAAUACUUGGCAGCAUGGUUCUGGCAUAUAAAAUCAGACAAGAAGAAACUAAGGGCUGCCAUUGAUCAAUCCCUUGACAUAAAAGAAGAAACGUUCGAGACCAUCUGCGUCAUUGCCGAGUUAGUUGGACACUGCACUGCCAGAGAACCAAGCCAACGGCCUGAUAUGGGUCAUGCUGUGAAUGUUCUGGCGCCACUCGUUGAAAAAUGGAAACCAUUUGAUGAUGACACAGAGGAAUAUUCCGGCAUUGAUUAUAGCCUUCCUCUUAACCAGAUGGUGAAGGACUGGCAGGAAGCAGAAGGAAAGGACUUGAGUUAUAUGGACUUGGAAGACAGCAAGAGUAGUAUCCCAGCAAGGCCUACUGGAUUUGCAGAUUCUUUUACUUCAGCUGAUGGUAGAUGAAAGUGAAACAAUAUGGUUCGUUACUUUCUUGAUUGUACCUUCUUUUCCCUCCUUUUUUAUUUUUAAUUUUCAAUAGGUGUAGAUAAUCAUGCUUUUUUUUCUAUCUCAAAGAAAGCCUUGCAAAAAAUGUGUAACAUCUGUGGUGUAAUAUGGGUAAGUUUGAGAUUUCAUAUGCUCUUGAAAUCUCAUUUGUAUGCUUUAAUAUUUGUACUAUUUUCAACUGUGACAUUUAAGUGUUAAUGAUUGUAGAUAGUGAGGCACGAUCAAUGAGAAUGCUUGCUACUUGUUCAUCCAUUUACAUUUCAAA